AUGACGGGCGACGCAGAACACCCUUCAUCGAGCCAUGCAACGCCGACGCUGCUACAGCGUCGCAGAGACUCGCCGCGGCCUCCGACCGAACGAGCAUCUCUAGUACGUUUCCCUCCUUCCUUUCCCCGUCCCUCGACGCUCGCGGUCCCACCUCCUCUUUCGCCUUUCUCCCCUUUUACCACGCACGCGCCAUCAGCCCAGCACUGUCACCCGUCAACGUUCGACGCCUCCAUCUUCACCCUCGUCUUCGCCCCCUCUGAUCCCGUCCCCCUGAUCGUCAACUCGCCUGUCCAUCUCCAUCCAUUCAUCUGUUUAUCGGCCUUGUUCCCUGUAUGGCCGUCCGCUCCUCCCCCCGGUCCUCAUGGCCCCAUCGGCCCCAUCGUCUCAUGGUUCAUCCGCAUCCGUUCCCCUACUUGA